CUGCUUACAUUCAGUGCCGAAAGAAUAUUCUAGAACUGCAUGGAAUAUGUAUAAAUAGAGAACUGUUUAAUACUGUAAUCAGUACACAGUACAUAUUGCCACACGGAACUCUGAUACAGUAAUCCAAAAAUGGGCCUAGUUUCUGCAAUUGUAGUGAAUGUUGUUGGUGGUGCCGUGAUCUACGGCACUGGAGGUUUGGGUCUCGGGCUGGUAGCUCCGAUGCUGGGUUUUGGAAGCGCAGGAAUAGCUGCUGGCAGCACCGCAGCUGCGGCACAGGCAUACUACGGCAACUUGGUUGCCGGCAGCAUCAUUUCUAAGCUGACAGCCGCCGCCAUGGUGGCUCCCACUCCGUAA